UUACAAUGAUCAUUUAGUUUUUUUCCCUUUUUAGCUCUUCUCGAGGAGAGCUUCUAUUCUGUGCAUAUAUGUUUCUAUACAUACAUGGCCUCUAGCAUGAGUGCUGUGUUUGUUUUUCGUUCUUAUAUUCAAAAUCCUGACUUGGGUUUCUUCAGGAUUUGUUGUUCAUUUAUAGUCUAGCUCUUUGCUUUUUCUUAUGAAACACAGCUUACUAUUUGUUUUAUUUUUUUAUUAUCUGGGGAUUUUAGUAUUUAUAAGAAUAUAAUUUUUUCUUUUAUGUGCAACCAAUUAUUUGAGAUACUUAAUUUGUUUUAGCAGAUUCUUCCCAAUGGGUUUUUAUUUUUCUUUUCAAAAUUAAUUUCCUUCCACACUCUUCGUGUUUUCAUUCUAACAAGUAUUUCAUCCUUGUUCUCCUCCUUGUAUGCUCAUCAGCUAUGCAUUUUGCUAUUUUUUCUUUAAUUUUCUCACUUUGGAUUCUUUUUCUUCUUCUUCCAUCUGAUAAGUUCUGCUUUUAUCACUGCAAAAGGGCACUGCUAUUAUUUAAUUUCUUUCCAGUUUUUGCUUACAGCAUUUGCAGGUUUCAACACGUUAUCGGUCAAAAAUGGUGCCUUUUUUUUGUAGAGAAAAUCCAUAUGAAUCUGGUGAGGUACAAGAGGAGAUACUAUUGCGAUUUCGGUUUUGAUCCAAGCGUGAAAACUUCAUAGAGUGGGGAGGGAAAGGGAAGAUAAAAGAUAGAAAUGGGAUGUACUACCUCAAAGCUUGAUGAAGAAGAGGCAGUUCAACUUUGUAAAGAUCGAAAAAGAUACAUUAAGCAGGCUGUAGAGCAGCGAACACGAUUUGCAUCAGGACACUUGGCUUAUAUCCAGUCCUUGAAAAGAGUUUUGGCAGCUCUUAGGGAUUAUGUUGAAGGAGACGAGCCCCGAGAGUUCUUGUUAGAUUCAUUUAUAACGCCGCCUUUUACGCCUGUGAAGAAAACUAGUCCUGGUUUCAUCUCAAUUUCGCCGAAAUCUUUUUCUGCAGCACCUAUCCAAUCUGGACCUACUUCGACUUUGAAAGUAAAUUACUUGAGGUCAGGGGGGAACCAAUCAGUUUCAGUUGAGGAGAGACCUCAAUCACCGGAAACAUUCCGAGUCGAAUCGUACUCUCCAAUGCAUCAUUACGGUGCUGAUGGAUUCUUUGCGAUGCAAUCCUCACCAAUGUAUUCUUCGUUCUUCUCAUAUUCCCCCAACAAUAGGCCCAGCAUUCCUCCACCGUCUCCUCAAACUUCACAAUGGGAUGGCUUUUGGAACCCAUUUUCAUCAUUAGACUACUAUGGUUAUCCCAAUCGUAGCAGCCUUGAUCAGAUGGGUAUGGAUGAUGACAUAAGAGGACUAAGGCAGGUUCGAGAAGAAGAGGGGAUUCCUGACCUGGAAGAUGAAACUGAACAAGAAGACUCAGAUAACAAGGCAAACUUAGCAGGAGAACGAGCUAAGGUUGUUUCCAAUUACGCAAGAGAAGAAGUGCUUGUUGAAGAUGUUGACGAGGAUGAGGAUGAGGAGGAGGAUGAAGAAACUGAUAGUGACUGUGAAUGUGAAUGUGAAAGUGAACAUGAAGUAAAUGGGCCGCAAUCAGGAUUGCAAUCACAAGGUAGUGUGAAGAUAGAGCUAUCACGGUCUCAAAAUUCAGGACAGGUUGAGGUUCACAAUCAAGAAAUGGCAGCUGGUAAUGGUGAAGCCGCCAAGGUUGAAACACCAGGUUUUACUGUCUAUGUUAACCGAAGGCCAACAAGCAUGGCAGAAGUCAUCAAGGAUCUUGAAGAUCAGUUCACAGUUAUUUGCAAUUCAGCCAAGGAGGUGUCUGAUUUGUUAGAGUCUAGCAGAGCUCAGUACUCAUCAACUUCAAAUGAACUCACAGCCAUGAAAAUGUUGAAUCCAGUAGCACUGAUACGCUCAGCUUCAUCUCGGUCAUCAUCAUCAAGAUUUAUGAUCAAUUCUUCAAGUUCUAAAGAUGAAGAUUGUGAUAGCAGUAGUGACUUCUCAGAGGAAUCUUGCAUGCUCUCAGGUAGUCACCAAUCAACGUUGGACAGAUUAUAUGCCUGGGAGAAGAAACUCUAUCAAGAAGUUAGGUGUGGAGAAAAGGUUCGAAUUGCGUAUGAGAAGAAGUGUAUGCAACUCAGGAACCAAGAUGUUAAAGGAGACGACCCCUCCGUGCUGGAUAAAACAAGGACAGCCAUUAGGGAUCUGCAUACUCAGAUAAAGGUUUCAAUACACUCAGUUGAAGCGGUGUCAAAGAGAAUAGAAACUUUAAGGGAUGAAGAAUUGCAGCCUCAACUUUUGGAAUUGGUACAAGGGUUAGCGAGGAUGUGGAAAGUAAUGGCAGAAUGCCACCAGUCACAGAAGCGCACUUUAGAUGAAGCCAAGCUUUUACUAGCCGGCACACCUUCAAAACUUGAAGCAAAACGGCACUCUUCCAUGUCAGUUGCUGACCCUCAACGGCUAGCCAGGUCGGCUUCCAACCUAGAGACAGAACUCAGGAAUUGGCGAGCGUGUUUUGAGGCAUGGAUCACUUCUCAACGAUCCUAUCUUCACGCGUUAACCGGCUGGCUCCUCAGGUGUGUCAGGUUGGAUCCUGACACGUCAAAACUUCCAUUCUCACCUCCUCGAUCCAGUGGAACCUUUCCAAUAUUUGGACUUUGCAUCCAAUGGUCAAGGUUUCUUGAUGCAAUGCAGGAGAUACCAGUUCUUGAUGGCCUAGAUUUUUUUGCUGCUGGGAUGGGGUCAAUCUAUGCACAGCAGCUAAGAGACGAUCCACACAGGGUCCCAGUCAGUUCAAAGAGAUUUGGAGCUGGGUUGUCAGUUGAAUCAGGAAGAAGUAUGGAAUUGAUGGAGGUUGGUGAAGUAGAAGAUGUAAUGACUACAGAGAAAAUGGCUGAAGUUGCCAUAAAGGUACUUUGUGCAGGAAUGUCAGUUGCAAUGAGCUCACUGACCGAAUUUGCUAUUGGUUCUGCAGACGGAUAUGCAGAGCUUGUUAAGCAAUGGGAGAAUGUCAACUCCCAGAGUUCCAGUAGGGCUGGACAUAAUCCAGGAUAUCCCAGUGGAUAAUUUUGCUAGCAUCGUUGAUGUAAUUAUAAUUUAUAUGUUAUAACCUAAAUGGCAAAGGUAGUGUAGAGAAGUUGCUGCUCCUGCUAAUAUAUUUGUUUGAUUGAUUAGUUACCAAGCUAACUAAAGAAGAACACAGGAAGCCUCUAGAAAUGGAGCUGGGAUUGGGAAAAUCUAUCAAAUACAGAGGCUCGAUAUUUUUCA